ACUCCUUGAUGAUGGCAGUUGGUUUUGCCAAGCAAUACUUUCUAGGGCUAAUUGGUCGUUAAUUUUCUUUGGCUACAAAUUGUAUUUAAGUCUCCUCUUGUUCAGACUUUGUUCAUUUCCUUGUGACUGUUCAUCAGUUGCUCUACGUGAUAAUUUUUUGAGCCGCAUUCUACUCUAUUUUCAAGUGUAGGAGUUGAGGUACAGAGAAAUGGCAAGCUUUGGUAUAUUUGCCGUGCUACUGAUAGCAAUUAACGCACUGGCAACUGCCGAUGUCUGCUACUCUGGGCAGCAGUUAGGAGGCAGUGACGGUGAUGAUCCGCAGUGGGUUAUCCCGCACAGCCAGCCCUGCAAAUGCACUCGCAUCCUGCCUGGUGGCGUGAACGUGGCCAAGUCGCAACAGGGACGGUUGGUUCAGGCACCUCUGUCCAAGACCGCAAUAAUAGCUGCCGAUGAAAAAAGCGAGAUCUUGACGGCACUGGGGUGCAACAAACAGUCGACAGAACCGCUGACGCCAACUUUGUCACAAUCUAUAACGGUGGUGAGCAACAGCAAUGGAAAUCCUGAAUUGGUGCCACAAAAUCUUGGAAGCUACUGUCCAGAGUAUGACAACGAUAUCAGUCACGGAACUGGGCAAACCACGGCAACAAUCUACCCCCUUGGUAUCCCGACAGGCAUCAAUGUGCUCUGCGAACUGGACAGUGACGGAAGAGGCUGGAUUGUGUUCCAGCGACGCAAUUACACAGACUGGGAAAGCAGACAGGUUUUCAACAAAACCUUUGAAGAAUACAAGAAUGGAUUUGGCAGCCUCACCGGUGACAAUUUCUGGUGGGGAAACGACAACUUGGCUACUGUUACCGCAGAUGGCACAUGGCAGCUGCGCGUGAGUCUGCGGUUAUGGGAUGCGACUAACAAGGUUGAGGAGUACAGAUAUGCCACAUACUUCCCUUUCCGUGUUACCAGCCCAGAGUACACACUCUCUAUAAGCAACUAUUAUCCCUCAGGCAAUCUCUCCGACAUCCUCAGCAACCACCAUGGCAUGGCAUUUUCAACUUUGGACCGAGGGGCCGGAUCUGCUUGCGCAACCCAAACAGGAGGCGGAUGGUGGUUUCAAAAUGUCGACUGUGAUGAGCAAAUUAACCUGAAUGCCGACACCCCUUGCCAUGCAAUAGAAUGCUGGCUGAAGAUCCCUGCGGUACUGAUCAAUUGUGAAAUGAAGAUCCGACGGGUUUAAAGUGGCAGUGGCUUCCCAUAUUGGUAGUACGGUACGAGCCAUGAACUCAUCCACAAAAGUGAAUUCACACAAAUGCUUUUUGUGAACUUUACUAGGACUGUUAGUUCCAAGUCGGUCAACUGAUAUUUGAAAUUCAGUGUGUGUGACAGCAUAUCCACAUUAAGGUGAGAAUGCGAAGCAAAGGGUCCAGAGGGAUACUUUGCCACAGCCACUGAACUUUACAAGUUUUAAAACGGCAUACAAUAAAAUAAAAUUGCAAAAUGCAACUUAUGUGCAGAAAUUCGGCCUAAUGUACAUCAUACAAGACUGAGACACUGUUUGGAAGAAAGCCUAUUGACUCAGAUUGAAGCAUUCGGCAUGAGUAAUGCUUCUGGUUUGAACUUUUAAAUUGAUAUACAUGUACCCUUUAAAUUAAUCUUGGAGACUUUAAAUUUUCAAUGUACGUCUGUAGUCUAGAUAAAAAAAAAAACUUAUUAACUUUUGGAAGGAUUCAUCGGCGCUCACUUCAUUCAGAAUGAUCAACCAACACCAACAGCUGAAGGAAACUACUCAGUGUGAUCUUUCAAGCAGGAUACUUCGCUAACUCUGGUUUUAAAUCAGACACUUAAUGAAUGGCGCAGGAAAUGACAGUAACUGAACCACGAAGACUGUACGAACUGUGAAGGAUCUACGUAAAAGUUUGCAUUACAACUCACAUUUAUGCAUUUACCUCGUGAGACUCUUAUUCCGUGUUUACUAUUAAAGCAGUGACAUAGUUCGCUGAUCUGCACUUAUUAAUAUUAAUAUUUUAAUUUCAGGCACUAUGCAUACAAGAAUAAAAUUUUACCGUAGAUAGGCAAAAGUGUGGUCAA